ACCUUUUUUUUUUAAUGCGAAUGCGAUUGAAUUUAUCUUUCAAUUUUAAUUCUUGAUUAGAGAAUGGUUUUCUUUACACGAAGACAGUCUUCUCUCUUUGUGUUCAUUAAUCAAGAAUUCCCGUACAACGCCAAAAUGAAAAGUAUAAACGCAUGCCACCCGUUCGACAAAAUGCCCGGUCUAAAUGCCACGUUGAUCCAUUUUCCCCCAACUGUCUCUUGACCUUUGACAAUAAUUCUCAUCAUCAUCUCCACGAAACAGACUACUCUACAGUAUUAUUUUAGGAUCAAAAUUCAACCCCCUCUCAAAGUAUCCAAUCCCAUGUUGUAUGGACUCUUUGCCAGCCUCUGCUUUUCUCUUUCUUAAUCAAAAUCUUGUUUUUCUCUUUGGUGGGUUUCGCUCGUGCUCAUUUGCUGGUUUCUUGUUUCUGAUACAUAUUCUGACAACCUGCAAUCCCUUUGAAGAUCUUCAUUCCCAAUUUUUUCUUUCAGUGGAAGUGCCAAUUGAAUAAACAAAACCCGUUUUUUUCCGCUCCUAAUUCUAACAAUGGAAAAGAAGCAGAAGAAAUUCCUCACAGUGGCACCGUUUGAGUGUGCGUGGCGAGAUGAUUUGAGAUUCAGAGAAGCAGGUAGAGGCUGUGUAGCUUUCGACGCCUUUGCACACAACGACGUAACAGUUGUCUUCCGCGAAAAAACGGGCAGUCAGCAUUAUCAUUACAAAAGAGACAACAGCCCUCAUUACACAGUAAUUAUCGGUAGCCACAGAAAUAAAAGAUUAAAUAUCGAAGUCGACGGAAAAACAGUGGUGGAUGUUACAGGUGUCGAUCUUUACUGCUCUUCCACAUUUCAGAGUUAUUGGAUCAGCAUAUACGAUGGCCUAAUAAGCAUCGGAAAAGGGAGAUACCCUUUUCAAAACCUCGUUUUCCAAUGGCUCGAUUCGAACCCAAAUUGCAGCGUUCAAUAUGUUGGGCUUAGCAGUUGGGAUAGGCAUGUUGGGUAUAGGAAUAUUAAUGUGCUUCCACUUACGCAGAACCAUGUUUCUUUGUGGAAGCACAUUGACUGUGGCGAAAGUAAUGGCACAGAAGAUGCUGAUGAAGAGAUGGAAGAAGAUAUUGGAGAGUACGAAAAUUGGGGGCUCAAGAAUUUUUUGGAGAGUUGGGAAUUGUCGGAUGUGUGCUUUGUUGUUGGAAGUGAGGAAAGGGCAGUUCCCGCACAUAAAGUUAUAUUGGCUGCUUCGGGAAAUUUCGGUUUUGGUCAGUCGGGGAAAGAUUUUAUUCACCUCGAAGAUGAUUGUUAUCCGAUACUUCAUGCACUUCUUGAGUACAUAUACACAGGCACCACCAAGGUUCCAGAGUUGCAUCUCAGUUCUUUAAAAUCUCUGAGCUUACAGUUCGAAGUAAAUACGUUGGCUAAGCAGUGUGAAGAAAUGAUGGAGAGAUUUAAACUCAAUAAGAAACUUUUUGACUCGGGAAAAAGUGUAGAGAUAUCAUACCCAAGCGCUCGGCUCAACUGCUGCACGGUUUUUCUGAACAAAUUACCCAUUGAUGUUAAGAGGCUCAAUAGUUUCCGACUCACUGGAGACUACAGCGAUGUAGAUAUUUAUAUUGAAGGCCAUGGUCAAAUUGCAAAAUCACACAGAAUCAUUCUUGGCAUAUGGAGUGCUCCUUUUACAAAGAUGUUCACGAAUGGAAUGACUGAAAGUAUUGCCUCGAAAGUCUGCUUGAAAGAUGUCUGCUUUGAAGCAUUUAAUAUUAUGCUCGAUUUCAUGUACUGUGGAGAAGUUAACAACACUAUGGAUAUCGACACAUUGCUACUUCAGCUUCUUUUGCUGGCAGAUCAGUUUGGGGUUUCUCUUCUUCAUCGGGAAUGUUGCAAAAGGCUUUUAGAACACUUAUCUGAGGAUUCAGUCUGCCAAAUUUUGCUAGUGAUUUCAUCCAUUCCUUCGUGUAAAUUAAUCGAAGAAACAUGUGAGAGGAAGUUUUCGAUGCAUUUUGAUUAUUGUACAACCGCAAGCAUCGACUUUGUCACGUUAGACGAAACAACAUUCGGGAAUAUUCUCCAGCAUCCAGAUUUGACAGUUACUUCUGAAGAACGAGUUCUCAAUGCGAUCUUACUUUGGUGCUGCAAAGCGCAAGAGUUGUUUGGAUGGGACAGAGUAGAUGAAAUUCUGCUAAGUUCACCACCAGAGCUUGUUUUCGGCGAAAGGCUUAACUCGCUUAAAGAAUUUCUAAGUUUUGUUCGGUUCCCAUUACUUCCUUAUCCGGUUCUUCAAAAGUUGGAGCGAAGCAACCUUAGCAUGUGCAUUCCUACAUUCUGUCAAUUGGUGAAAGAAGCCAUUGGUUUUCUCGAAUUUGGAUCUUCUGCUCAUGAGAAAGACUUAAAUAAAUUCCAGCACAGGAGAUCGAGUUUUAAGGAACUCCAGUACAUAUGUGAUGGAGAUAGCAACGGGGUAUUGUACUUUGCAGGUACAUCCUACGGUGAACAUCAGUGGGUAAAUCCCGUCUUAUCUAAGAAAGUAAUAAUUACCGCAAGCAGUCCGUUUUCCAGAUUCACCGAUCCUAAGGUUUUGGUCUCCAGGAGUUACCUGGGAACAUCUUUUGCGGGCCCUCGUAUGGAGAACGGGAGAAACACUGCAUGGUGGAUGGUUGACAUUGGCCAUAGUCAUCAGUUGAUGUGCAACCAUUAUACACUUAGACAAGACGGGUCGAGGGCUUUCAUGCGGAACUGGAAUUUUCAGGGUUCAAUGGACGGAAACAAUUGGACGAACUUGAGAGUACACGAGAAUGAUGAAACGAUGAGCAAGCCCGGUCAAUUUGCAUCUUGGCCCGUUGUGGGGCCCACCGCCCUUCUUCCGUUCAGAUUCUUUCGAGUUGUUCUGGUGGCUCCUACGACUGAUGCCACUAAUCCUUGGAGCCUUUGCAUAUGCUUCUUAGAGCUCUACGGUUACUUCCGUUGACUUUUUAAGUUUGUGUUACGACUAAUGUUUUGGGCCUGUGAUGGCUUUUCUUCAAUAAUGUACAGUCUCCUGUGUAUUUGAUUUCUCUUUUAAGUUGUGUUGUAUCGUAUAUUUGUUAUAUGAGUGGUGGUUAUAAUUACCCAAAUAAAAUGGGUUUUUUCGUAAUUUCAGCUUAUUUCAUGGGAUGACCGUAAUUUACACUGUAUAAUAAUUGUGUUUGAAUCAAUAAUAAUAAAUUUGUUUUUUUU